AUGAAAACAAAAAGUGACGCGUACAUUGACCAGGAAGAUGAUUACUCCUCCGUCGAUGUGGAGAAGGGCUAUUCCAUGCCUGAAAUCUCUGAUCUGGCAAUGCUGGAGCUCCAGAUGGUCGCUCGGGAAAGCAUCACUUUUGUCGGAGGCCCUGCGGCAAUCCUGCUCCAAAUUGCACACCCUUUGGUAGGAGCUGGCGUCGCAGAUCAUAGCACUUUCAAAACCCGCGCUAUCAGUCGGGCGGAGUAUACCCAGAUGUACAUCUACUGUAUGAUCUUUGGCACUACUUCUGAAAAGGCCGCCAUGAGGGCAUACGUCGAUAAAGCCCACUCUCGUGUCGGGGGGCAACAUAACAGACAAUCAUACAACGCCAAAGACCCUGAGCUCCAGGUGUGGGUGGCAGCCACGAUCUAUGCCACUAUGGUCAAUAUGUACGAGUUGAUCUAUGGGCCGCUUAAUUCGACGAGGGCCGAAAGAGUCUAUCAGGCAUUCUCAAUCAUGGGGACGUCGCUUCAAGUCUCACCCGAGAUGUGGCCAAAGAACCUCACGGAGUUUCAGCUCUACUGGGACGAUAUGGUGAACAAGAGACUGUGUGUGACGCCGGAUGCCCGGGCAGUUUUGCAUGAUAUCUUUCACCCGGCCAAAGGUCUGCCACUGUGGGCCCGGCCACUGGCUGUUAUAGCGAUGCCAUUUGUGAAACGCCUCACUAUCGAACAGUUGCCUCCCCGAGUGCGUGAUCAAUUUUUCCUGAAGUCGACAAAGUCUUCUCGACUCAUUUCUGGCCUCUUUAUCACUGGAAUGUCCGGUGUCUAUCCCUUCAUGCCACUGUUCGUACGACAGUUUACGAAGACCUACAUGAUGGGCCAGAUGAGGAGGCGGAUAAAGAAACGUGUUUUAUAUAUUCCACCAAUUAACCUGAAGGAAGAGCCUUUCAUUAUACAGCGGUCGUGUAAUUGUCCAAGGGAAAGCCUUCAGGAGUACACAGAAUUGGAGUACGACAUUUAUUUUGUGGAGUUUCGCAACGGACUCCACGCGAUUCGAGAAUACACCGUGGUGCCCGCAGACUACAUAAAUCAUUACAUUAUUGAUCAGAGCAUUAGAUACGGAUUGUUUCAGGUGCGCUUAUACAUCUUCACAGGGCACACUCGGAAUCCCAAAAUAUUGGUCAGCAAUGGCAGCAACUGCAGGGUAGAGAGGGAAAGACAUACAGCUACAACUGCCUUGAUCAACGGGAUGAUGUUUUGCACCAGUGUCGUUAGUGUGUCUCCAGUGAAAAUCGGUAGGAUAGCAUUGACAAGACCCGGUAUUGCAGAGAUGACUGUGCCGAUAUCAUUCAGGAAGUCGGUUGUCAGAAUGCCAGUCAGAUCCAGUGGCAAAAGACUGUUCAGCAGCUUAGGCACUGCGUCUAGCAGCGAGCUCACUGCGUCACUGCCGACCACUGAAAUCAAGCUCUGGACAAUGGCCGGAACUUCAUUGAGUACAGACCCAACGUUGUUCAGAAGAUCGGGCGUAAUCAGAUCCUUGAGAACAUUUUCUCCUGGAACGAUAAUGUCUUGGUGGAAUAACAGCAUGGUGUCGUUGAGAAGAGGCGGCACGGUAUCAACCAGCCCUCCAACGUCUCCCAGGAAUUCCUGUGUCAACAGCGUGGAUAUGACGUUCUCUAUAGGUCCAAGAAGCUCUGUGCCAAAAAUGGGGACCAAGCUGUGCAGCAGUGGUGGUAUCGCUGCCAGGACGGAGCCAACAUCAGUAACGAAUUGCUUAGUGACAAGUCCAGUGAGAGCCUUUUCAAGCGCCAGGAUAAUGUCCACAUUCAAGAUUGGCAGUAUACCGUUGAUGAUAUCUGGCAGUCCUGCAAUCAGGUUUUCCACGGCAUCACUUCCGAUGAUGGGAAUGAUAUCUCCCACCACAGGGAUGACUGCGUUAACCAGAGAGGUCAAAUCCUUGAUGAACUCUGGGGUUAUGAUGGCCGCCAGCAGAUUCUCGAUCGCCGAGAUGAGAUCUUUGUUGAAGAUUGGAACAAGGUCGUGCACCAACGGCGGGAUCAGACUUGCAAUACUGCUGAUAUCACUGAUGAACUCAGGAGUGACGAUAUCGGUUACGAUCUGCACCAGUGAUUUGAUGAUAUCACCCUGUAGCAAUGGCAGCACAUCCUGUAUGAUUGACGGGACAGCGGCGAGUACUGACUCAAUGGCGGAAAUGAAGUCAGGAGUCAGGAUCUUGGGAAUGAGCUCCUCAAUGGGCGGAAGCAGGGGUAGAAGGGCGUUGACGAUCAGGUCUUCAAGCGAGGGUAUCAGUGGCAGUAGCGUGUUGAUCAUACCAGGGACCUUAGAGAGGAGCGAUUGGACGGCUGAUAUUAACUCCGGAGUCAGAACCUGUUGCAGGACGUCCUCUAGCGUAGGCAGGAGAGGCAAUAGCGUAUUCACCAAUCCCGGCACUGCGUUAAGAACCGACUCGAUGACCUGUAGGAGCUCCGGUGUGAGAACCUUCGUGACCAGGUUGACCAAGUCCGGUAGGAGCGGUAGCAGACUAUUGAUCAGUCCUGGUACGGCAUCGAGGAUUGAUCCAAGCGCACUUAUGAGCUCCGGUGUGAGAAUCUUAGUGAUUAGAUUCACUAGGUCUGGCACAAGCGGUAGCACGCUAUUUAUCAGUCCUGGCACUGCAUCGAGGACGGAUUCGAGCGCACUGAUGAGCUCAGGUGUUAGAAUCUUCUUAAUCAAUUCCUCAACCUUUGGCAGGAGGGGUAACAGGCUAUUCAGCAGCCCUGGCACGGCGUCAAGAAGCGAUUCAAGGGUCUGCAGGAGCUCCGGUGUUAGAACUUUCUGGAUCAAGUUCACCAAGUCCGGCACCAGAGGUAACAGGCUAUUGAUCAGUCCUGGUACGGCAUCGAGGACUGAUUCGAGCGCACUUAUAAGCUCUGGCUCUUCAAUCUUCGGCACGAGCGGUAACAGACUGUUUAGCAGCCCUGGCACAGCAUCAAGCAGCGAUUCAAGGGUCUGCAGGAGCUCCGGUGUCAGAACCUUCUUUAUUAGGUUGACCAAGUCCGGCACCAGCGGUAACACGCUGUUUAUCAGAUCUGGUACAGCGUUGAGCACCGAUUCGAGUGCAUUUAUGAGCUCUGGUGUUAGAACCUUCUCAAGUAACUCCUCAAUCUUUGGCACGAGCGGCAGAACCGUGUCCAAAAGACCUGGCACUGCCUGGAUUAAUGAUUUGAUGUCAUUCACAAACUCUGUCGUCAGGACUUCCUUGAGCAGAUUGACGAGAGGGUCCAGGAGAGGCAGAAGCUCCUGGAUGAUGGGUGGCAGAGCCUUGAUCAAUGACCCGAUCUGA